ACGAAAGAAAAAGAACGCCGCUGCUGUCUGUGAGCGUUUCCGUACUCUGCGUCGGCAUACGAAGCCCCAAGCUCGCGAUGGGCUCGAUAGACGUCCAAUCAGACAAUGCCGAAGAUGGAUCCGCCGCCGCCGCCUCCGCCGAUGGACAUCUAAAGAAAGUUUCCGCCGACCCUAUAAACCAGACAUCUAACGAACCAGAUGGAGCUACGCCUGAGAAGCCUAAAGAAUUGGAGCCGACGAAGAAGCGUAUGUCCUCCAUGCUUCCUCUCGAGGUUGGGACCCGCGUCAUGUGCCGCUGGAGAGACGGGAAGUAUCAUCCCGUUAAGGUCAUCGAACGUCGGAAGUUGCAGGCUACUGGUUUUAGUGAUUACGAAUACUAUGUCCACUACACCGAGUUCAAUAGGAGACUUGAUGAGUGGGUGAAGCUUGACCAACUUGAUCUUGAAUCAGUUGAGACGGUUGUUGAUGAGAAAGUGGAGGACAAGGUAACAGGAUUGAAGAUGACCCGACACCAGAAGCGGAAGAUUGAUGAAACGCAUGUUGAGGGCCAUGAGGAACUUGAUGCUGCUAGCUUGAGGGAGCAUGAAGAAUUUACAAAAGUUAAGAAUAUUGCAACAAUUGAACUUGGAAGAUAUGAGAUUGAGACAUGGUAUUUCUCCCCCUUUCCACCAGAAUACAAUGACACUACAAAGCUCUAUUUUUGUGAGUUUUGUCUCAAUUUCAUGAAGCGCAAAGAACAGCUCCAGAGACAUAUGAGGAAGUGUGAUCUCAAGCAUCCACCUGGUGAUGAAAUAUAUCGAAGUGGUACUUUGUCAAUGUUUGAGGUUGACGGAAAAAAGAACAAGGUCUAUGGGCAGAACCUCUGUUAUUUAGCGAAGUUAUUUCUGGACCACAAGACUCUAUAUUAUGAUGUGGACCUUUUUCUAUUUUAUAUCCUGUGUGAGUGUGAUGAUCGAGGGUGUCACAUGGUUGGAUAUUUUUCAAAGGAAAAGCAUUCAGAGGAAUCCUAUAAUUUGGCAUGCAUUCUCACCCUUCCUCCUUAUCAAAGGAAGGGCUAUGGAAAGUUCUUAAUGGCUUUUUCUUAUGAACUCUCCAAGAAGGAAGGUAAAGUUGGCACUCCUGAAAGACCUCUUUCUGACCUUGGGUUGGUGAGCUACAGAGGAUACUGGACCAGGGUACUUCUAGACAUCUUGAAAAAGCACAAGGGGAAUAUCUCUAUCAAGGAGCUAAGCGACAUGACAGCCAUCAAAGCCGAAGAUAUUUUGAACACACUUCAGAGCCUGGAGUUGAUUCAAUACAGGAAAGGGCAGCAUGUUAUAUGUGCCGACCCCAAGGUGCUGGAUCGUCAUCUUAAAGCUGCUGGUCGUGGGGGCCUAGAGGUCGAUGUUAGCAAAUUGAUCUGGACUCCAUACAGAGAACAAGGUUGAAGCUUUCCAAACUCAUUAUCAAGUCUGAUGGUAUCUAUUCCAACUCUGCAUGUACAAUAAUUGUGUAGAAGUGUAGUAUAAAGUAUUAGCCUUCCCAUUUCUAUCUGCCGAAUGUAUGCCUGGACAAUCAAAUACUGUACACCUUGAAACUAGAAAUGGUAGAAACCUAGCUCUUGUACAUCACCGGUUGCUAUUUCUUCGACAUUUUGGUUUGUUUUACUUGUGUGUAUCCCUUAACCUUUGAUUCAGGUGAUGUUUGGUUUGGUUAUUAAGAGAUCAUUCUUGA